AUGGAAAGCUCGAUAAACGAGCAAGCAACUACUGUCGAAAAUCGCGCGCGGUUUUUCAAGCGGAAGGUUCUAUCGCUCUAUGAUAGCCUUGUGAGACUCGAUGCGUCGCUUUCUGAAGUUAAGCUAGCUACAUUUAAUUCAUCUGAAUUAGCAGUACGGUUUGAGCUAUUAGAACGUGCUCAAGCUUCAUUUGAGUUAGCUCAGAAUGCGCUGGAGGAGAUUGACUAUAAUGAGAUCGGUAGUGAAACGCGUGACAAUUUCGAUGAGCGUUUUCUUGAAGUGAAAUCGCGUGUUCGGACGCAUUUUGACAGUCGUAAGCGUCAAUUGAUUCGGUCGCCCACAUUGCGGCGUGAUGAGACUAUCGAACCUUCGGCUAAUGGCCUCGGUGCCCGCGCUAAUAGACGUCGUCUACCCGAGCUCAAGCUUCCCACGUUCGGUGGAGAUUAUAAGGAGGUGCGUCCAAACACAAUACCCGACUUGAAGGUGGAUGCCACAUUCCGCAAGGUGCCGAGGCAUGCGUUAACCUUUGAGCUGUGGAAGAUCGACGAGGAUCGCCUAGAAGCCGUUGCUCGAGCACAAUAUGGAACAUUCUACGACAACUGUGAGUACAUCAUUUAUGCAUCGAGUUUAGUGGGACACUGUGCGAAUCACGAGACCAUCACACGCGAGCAAAAGCCGAAUGUGCCGUUGGAGCGUUACAUACAUUAUUGGCUGGGCAGCAAUGUCAGCGAACAGAAUCGCUCGAAUGUUGUGCACAAGAUUCAGCAGCUAAACUCGUAUCUAGGCAAUGUGGCGUCUAUUUAUCGCGAGAUGCAGAAUCACGAAAGCGCACGCUUUCUCUCCUACUUCAAGAAGGGCUACGAUGUACUCUCUGGCGCCUUGAUCAACUCGGUUCAAAAGGUGCGCCUCUUUCAGCUGUACGGUCGCAAGACUGAGCGUCGAAGUGCGCUCGCCUGGGUGCAGCGACAGCGUGGCAAGGAUUCUCGCACUAUUUGCAUCGUUGGCGAUGGCUACGAGCAGUCGAUGAGUGCGGAGCACAAGCAGGCAUGAAAUAUGGUAUUGCCACUGCAGCAACGUCGUAUCUUUCAAUCCAAUCAGCAGCUGGACAGCAACAGUUAUGACUCCAAGACGAAUGACGAUAUCAAUGGCAGCAGCAACAAGUUUCGCAUUUACAAGUGCAAUCAACGUGGGCGAUUGCAUCUCGAUCAACUGCACGUGGGCAUGCCCAGCAAGGAUGAUCUAAGCGAUGCGCAUGGCGUCUAUCUGCUCGACAACUAUGGUCAAAGCAUUUGGCUGUGGGUUGGCGCCCAAGCCACUCAAGCGGAUGCUCUCACGGCCAUGAGCAAUGGGCGUGCAUUUGUAAAAAAGAAGUAUGCAAACAGCACGCUCGUGGUGCGUAUGCUCGAGAGACAGGAACCCGUGGAGUUUAAGCGUUUGUUUGGCAACUGGCUGACGGUGUGGCAGGAUAGUACACGAGGCCACAAGCCUGUUUCCACCAAGCUUGGCAAGUUGGAUGCGGUUCUGCUGUGCGAACUCCCCAAGAUGGCAGCGGACACACAGUUGGUGGACGAUGGACGUGGCGAGCGUGUUUUGUAUCGCAUCUUUGGCGAUCAACUGGUCGAGCUGCCGGCCACCAAAGUGACGUUCUUCACCACCAACGCCUCCUAUGUGGUCAAGUACACCGUUCAGUGUGCCACCGUUGUGGCCGCUGAUCUGGCCAGUGUGGGCGUCAAGAGCAUCAUCUACCAGUGGAACGGUUCGGAGGCAUCUGCGGAGACAAUUGCCAAGGCAGAUAGCUUUGCCAUGACUAGUUUCGAGUCGAUGCAAGGUGCGGAGGCGAUGUUUGUGCAGCUCUACGAGUUCGAUGAGACGCCAUAUUUCUUGCAGCUCUUCGAGGGCAAACUGAUCAUAAUGCGAGGUCAACGCAGCGAGCUGCUGCACUCCAAUAACAAUCACAAUUGGGACUUCAAGACCAAUAUUAUGCUGGAGACCUUUUUGCUGAAGAUCUAUGGCGAUGCCAGCUACAACUCCAAGGCUGUCGAAGAGCAUCCAUUGUCAGCGAUCAGCUCCAAGGAUUGCUAUGUCAUCAAGACGAAUCAUGCGUGGGUCUGGUGUGGACAGAGCAGCACUGGCGAUGCUCGGGAGAUGGCCAAAUCGGUGGGCGCACUACUGGGCGAAAGUUCGCUGAUGCUGGAGGGCAAGGAGAGCAAAGAGUUCUGGCAAUCGGUGUCAAUGUACUUCAAUCAGACUCGUCAUCAAUGGGCAAUCGUGUGGCAGCACCCGGAGAGCCAUAAAUAA